CACGGUUCGUCCCCCCACGUCCACUCUGCUCUCAACGAUCAUCUCAACCUGCGCCUCCAGACUCAAUGGCCUCUCCGCUCGCCGACGUCGCCGCUCUCCGACUCUUCGCCUUCGACCGCGUUCUCAACUACGAUGCUGCAACGCAGACCAUCGUCCUCCUCGGCUCUUUCCCUGCAGCGGAUGGUGCCAGCGAGCGCAGCCCUGCCAUUGUGCGCAUCGAAAAGGCUGCGCUCCCCGUUGACCAGCCCGCCGCUCUCCUCGAGAGCGCCAUCGCCGACGUGCGCUUGAUCGAGAACAACGAUAUCUAUACCUGGCUGCUUGGCUGGCUCGCGCCCUCCGCCGCCCGCCCCGAUGUCAAGAUCAACAUCAUCUGUCCUGCCACAGACGUCCACAUCCGCAAGUACACGGCGCAGAAGUUCGUCGUCGUCCACGAGACUCCUGCCCUAUAUGAGCGCAUCGUGAAACCCUACAUCGAUGCGUUCCCCGCUUCUCGCACUAAAUGGGUCCGUGAUAUCCUAGAAGGCCGUUCCGAAGCCGACAAGGUCCUCCACCGUGACAGUCACCCCGAGUUUGGCUACGUCCUCCUCCCCGACAUGAAGUGGGACUUGACAACGCUCAGCUCGCUCUACCUCGUCGCCAUCGCGUCGUCGCCCGCCAUAUGCAGUCUCAGGAACCUCACCAGGGCACACUUGCCCAUGCUCAAGAGCAUCCGGCGUGAGGCCCACAAAGCGGUCAACGACAAGUGGGGCCUUGAGCGCGGGGCUCUGCGUCUUUUCGUCCACUAUCAGCCCAGCUACUAUCAAUUUCACGUGCACAUCGUCAACGUCGAGUACCAAGGCCUACUCGGCAUGACCGUCGGCCAGGCGCACCUGCUGGACGACAUAAUCUCCCUGCUCGAGCUGAGCCCCGAUGACGGCCCCUCGAUCCUUGCGCGCAUGACGCUCACCUACGGCCUGGGCGACCAGCACGGGCUGUACGAACCGAUGCGCGCCGCCCAGGUCGACUUGCACGACUGAAUGCGCGACAUCAUGAUGUCCAAGUGAAGUGCUCCCAGAAAUUUGUCUUUUUCUUCUCUCUAUGACUGCUGUUCGCGGAACGUGGAGCCCCGCAUGACUCUCGUUAUCGAGAGUAAGCCCAGAUGUGGGUUUACGAGCCGACUCGGCUC